AUGCAGCCAGACAGGCCCCGGGUGUCUGCGGAGGGGACGGCCGCGGGGUCCCGGCGGGGUGACUGCAUCAUCUUACUCUAUGACCUCGAGGGCCACCUGCCGCACCGUCUCUACUGCGGCCAUACCUUCUGCCAGGCGUGCGUGCGGCGGCUGGACACUCCAGAGGGCGAGCAGCGCUGGAUCUCCUGCCCACAGUGCCGCCAGAGCACACCCACACCCCGGGGAGGGGUGGCCCUGCUGGACCUCGACCUGGCCGCCUUCCUGGCCGUGAGGGCUGAGCGGGAGCCAUCUCGCAGGGAGCCCCCUGCACCCCCCAAGGGCAGUGCGCCAUCACUCAGCUGUCCCACCCUAGGCCCCCAGCCCCACUUCCCCCAGGCCCGGGGCUGCUGCGGUCUCUGCUGGGACGCCCCCGGCGGUCCCGAGGUCUGAGCGCUGGUGGCUGCCCCUCCUGUCAGGGGAGCUGCCGCCCACAGCCCAUCCCAGGAACCUCUACCCGUGGCACAGCCAGCCUGGAGCAGCCUGGGGGUUGAGCAUCAGGCA